GUUGUGUUGGGCAACGGAAGGGACAAAAUAAACAGCUUAAACCACCACCAAGAAUACCAUUAUUUAGCAGUUCUGAGAGCGAGAAUCUCCUCUCUAGCCAGAACCUUGGACAGGGAUUUUGCCGGGAGAGAUUCGCAACGACCACCACCACCACCACCAGCGACCGACCGCAUCAUAAACGUCGUGUUUCCCCCUUCUACCACGCUGCCUUCACGACCGCGAAAACACCCUCUCGUGCCCGCGCUCGAAAGCAUCUUAUCCUCCCCCUUCUCUCGCGACGACCAUUUUCCGACUUUGUACUUAUACUUUGUUUCUUGAUGCCAAUUACGAUACCCAGUGCUGGUCUCCGCGCUCUGUAAUUUCAGCUCGACCCAGAGAUAGCGUGACCUUUACCAGAAAAGCUUGUUUCUGCACGACGAUAUCUUUCUCAAGAGUAUAUAUUUUCUUAUAGAAUUCUUCUCGACGGCAUCUUCUGCCAUUUCACCUGUGAUACCCGUACGAGCGUGAACGACCGCGGACCCCCAUACGACCCUCUCCGAGCAAACGACUACCCGUAUGAACAAUUACCCGGCGCAUCUAGUUUGCAACAACGGACCCGGACAUCAGCCUUUGGACCCCCGCCAGCUGCGGCACGAAGAAGGACCCUCCUAGAUCAAGAUGUUCUGGCGAUUUGGCGGAUACGCCAACAUCUCCGCCAUCGACACCCUGCUCGAGAAGCCCGAUGUGACGCUCGAGGAGCUGCUGGAGGAGAGCGACCUGAUCCAGGAGCUCAAGUCGCACAACACCAAGCUCAUCGAGUAUCUACGCGAAGACGCGAUUCUGCAGCGCCUGCUCGAAUACGUCGUCGCGCCGAAGCUGGAGACUAUCGCAUCCGACUUAUAUGAUAUUGACGAAGACAACAAUGACGACAAGGGCAAGGAGGCCGAGGAGCGGGCUCACUCGCUGACGCGGAUGAGCUCCGAGGAUGAGGAGGAUGACAGGGAGAAGAAGCGAAACCGAUACGCGUUCGUGGCGGCCGAGAUCCUGGCGUCCGAUUCGUGGUCGCUGUCAGCCGCGCUUUUGGAGAAUGAGGCGCUCCUACGCAAGUUCUGGGAGUUCCUGGCUUGCCCGCCGCCGCUUGACCCUCUGCAAGCGGGAUACUUUACGAAAGUUAAUGAGGCUUUACUUGAUAAGAAGACCGAGGAGAUGUUGGAGCUGUUUAAGUCUAUUCCUGACGUGGUGAAGAACAUGCUUCAGCAUGUUGAUUCCCCGAUGGUUAUGGAUUUACUGCUCAAAAUCAUCUCAUUAGAGAAGGCCGAGGGCGGGCAAGGAAUCGUAGACUGGCUGCAUUCGCAAGACCUAAUGCCGACUCUACUGUCAUUUUUGUCGUCCGAGCAUUCGUGGGCCACCCAAACAUCAGCCGGAGACUUCCUCAAGGCUAUUAUUACCAUAUCCGCCAACGCGUCCCAGAAUGAGCAGUCCUGUAUUGGACCUAAUGAGCUCACUCGCCAACUGGUCUCGCAACCCUGCGUCGAGAAGCUGAUUACCGAUAUGCUCAAGGGCGGUAACCCGUUGACGGUUGGCGUUGGCAUCGUGAUCGAGGUUAUCAGGAAGAACAACUCUGAUUACGACCCUGAAGUUGGCACGGAAUCGCAGAUGGCCCCAUCGAGUCGCGAUCCUAUUUACCUCGGAACGCUGCUUCGCAUGUUUGCCAAGCACGUUCCUGAUUUCAUGGCUCUUAUCCUCAGCCCUGACCACACAAUUGGCAGCAAUGACGGCCCUGUUACAAUCAAGAGGAAGGAACUUAAUGCUGCAUUCGGCGGCAAGGUCGAGCCUCUCGGAUUUGAUAGGUUCAAGACUUGUGAGCUUAUGGCGGAGUUGCUGCACUGUAGUAAUAUGGGUCUGCUCAAUGAGCGUGGCAGCGAGGAGCUCGUCAGGGCCCGCGAUGCGGAGCGCGAGAGACUGAGGGCAGAGGGAAAGCUGGCGCCCCCAGGGGACCGCUUCAACCUCGAGAGCGACGACCUUACUAUGAGGUCCUCAGACACCAGCCGUCUUGGAUCCCACUCUCCUGACGAAGGCCGCAGACUCGGAGUGCAGAACGCCUCUGACGAUGACGGAUUUGAAGAAGUGACACACUCCCAAGACCUCGGCGAUGACGCUAAAGACGACUUUGACGAGAAGUUGGACGCAGAGGAUGAGCUGCUCGCCAAUAUUAAGACGGAGAGCUUCCCCUCAUUCUUGGAUAAGGAUGAUGACGAGUUCGUCGAUGAGCCGUUGAGCUCUCCUAGGCUCAACACUGAGGUGGAGGCCCUUCAGCCGGCUGGUGUGGAUAGCUCGCUUACUGUCGCGCCACUUUCGCCAACAAAGGAUUUGUCUGAUAAGGUUAAGGACUUGGAUGUGAGCGAGGAACCAAAGGAUGCGGAUGCCAAACCGCCGUCUUAUGAUGAUCACGCGAAGGAUGCUACUGUGUCUCCUGAUGAGCAGGCCAAGGAAGCUUUGGACGCGGCUAUUAGCAACCAGGUUGAACAAGAGGCAGCUGCUAAGGCCGAGGAAGCUGUUAAGACCGAUGAUGCUGUAGAGGCAACCUUUGAGGUCCCUGUUCGUUUGGAAACCACCGAAGACGUCCUGACACCUCACCCCGAUGAUCGUCCAGCGCCUUUGUUUUCCAAGAAGAGGACUGAAACCCCAGAAGCGGAAGCCCCUGUUGCGGAAACUCCUGUAGUGGAAGCUACUGUUGUGGAGGGAGAACCCCAAUCCUCCGUUCAAGAAAUUGCUUCCCAGGUCCCUAUUCCAGAAGAUGUUCCGGUGGCAGCUGAUUUCAGCGGCACUGAGAUCGAGGACUCUACUAUGGUCGAUGUUGACGGCACUAUCCGGUUAGACAAUGCGGACGAUACAAACCCUAUCGAGAUCGAAGAUGAUUUCUCGUCGCCUGUGGUCGGAGACUAUCUCAAGAUGCAAUUUGUUGAGCACAGGGUUGUGCCAACUAUUUUGGAUUUCUUCUUCAGGUUCCCAUGGAACAAUUUCCUGCACAAUGUCGUUUACGAUGUUGUACAGCAAGUCUUCAACGGACCCAUGGACCGUGGAUAUAACCGCAACCUUGCCGUUGAUCUCUUCGAGACCGGCGAUAUCACCAACAGAAUCGUCGGGGGGCAGAACAUGAGCGAUGAAGCUCAACGAUUAGAGCGCAUGCGCUUAGGCUACAUGGGCCACCUAACACUCAUCGCAGAAGAGGUAGUGAAGUUCACCGAGCGCCACCCACCGGAGCUUCUGUCAGAGUUGGUCCUUGACAAGGUCCUCAACCUCGACUGGAACCACUACGUCGAGGUGACCCUCGCCGAAACAAGAGAGCGCGACAACGCCAUCCUAGGCGGCGUCCGACCAGACCAGAACCUCGGACCCCGCCAAGCAGUAAUGAACGCCGUCAACGCCGCCAUCGGCGGCGGCUCAUCCGCCCUCGCCGACGCCGGCCUAAACGGCAACUCGACCUUGGACGGAAUGGACCUCUCCAACGGCAGCGGCACAUCCGGCAGCGGCUUCGGCCUCGGCGGAGGAUCCCUAUUGAGCGGCUUCGGCAGCUCGAGCGACGAAGAGGACGAGGAGAUGGACGAGGACAUGAAUGACGAUGAUGGAAUGCGAGGCGCGAAUGUUGGCGGAGCUGAAGUGGGUGUUUUCAAUUCUGAGAUUCUUUCCCUGCGUCGGCCCCAUGACGAUGAUGAUCUCGAUUUCGAGUUGAUGAAUCACGAGCCGCCGCUCGCGUACGGGCCUUUGUUCCCGGAAGAUUGAGGCGGCUCGGUGUUUUGUUUGAUUCUCUGUAUAAACUUUUUUUUUUUUGCUCGUUGAGCGAUGGAUGCGCCUGAUAGAAUGUCAGGCGUGCGCGGGGUUUAUUGCUCUCGGUUUAGUCGCCGUGGUUUUUCGUAGAUUCAAAGUGUUUCUACGUCAAGAUGCUCCGUUUUCAUUCUGAGUGCUCUCUUCAAGUGUGUGAUUCAUGUUCCGAUUUUCAUUUUACAAUUUUCAUACCUUCCAGUCAUCGUCAUCAUUUAUCUAUUCUCCCGCUACAUCUCCAACCCCUCAACCACAACCGCAACCUCCGAAACCACCGCCCCAUCCGACAUUGACCCCCCUGCCUUCGCUCCCCCUCCCCCACCACCCCUGAACAUCGCCCCCUCCCGCGCCCGCCGCCAACUCGCCGCCCGCCUCGCUCUCCACCAGAAAGCGCAGGAGACGAGCAACGGCGACGACGCCACAGACAAGGACCCGGACGCCAUUGAGGCGGCCGCGAACCCGAAUCCCUUUGCUGACACGGACUCGGAUGAUGAGCUGACUAUCGAGACUGUUUCUGGGUCGGCGGAGGUGUCGGCGUGGGAUAUGGAGGGUGAUGAGGGGGGGAAGGUGGUUACUGAGGAGGGAUUCGAGGAUAAUUUCGGUGAUGGAGUUGAUGCCGUGCGAGCGCUCCAGGUACCUGCUGACGCGUCUUCAAAGGCCGUUGGCGCAGAGGAAGUCGGCAAUGGCGAGCCAGCUGCUGAAGGACAAGAGACGGACUCAGCGUCGCGGUCAUCGAAUUUCUCAGGGCUGUGGCCGUUUAACCACGCGAGUCGCGGACACCGAAGGCGCAGUGUAAGCGAUAGAUACGGCCGCAAGGAGGAGGGAAAUGAUUUCUUCGGCGGCAGCGAUAGUGAUAGCGAUGAGGGCUUUGAUGGGAUUGGGGAGCGCGAGGCGAGUGGGGAUUUUGAUGGGAAGGGGAAGAGGCCGAGUGGGACGACGGAGGCGAGGAGGAGGACGAGCUUGGAUGAUGAGGAGGUUGUUGAGGUGGGGAG